CGAUAUCUGCUGCUGAGCAAACUGUAUCUGUGUAGGGAGUGUCUGAGAAGACCCAGCGGGCAUUUCUAGCUGUGCAAGCGCUUCGUUACGGUGUGCUCAUAGUUAUUGGAGUCUUUAUGGAGUUUGUGAGUUCUAGGGUAAAGUAGCAGAGCCCCUUAAUGUUACAUACCAGUUGGGUAUCGUCAUGAACCGGUUACAGCCUGAGUACGAUGCUUAUCCAAUCGAAGAGCCCAGUGAUGAAGAACGUGCCAAUAGCAGUUCUGAAGAUGAGUUGGAUGUGCUCUUACAUGGAACACCUGAUCAGAAACGUAAGCUUAUUCGGGAAUAUCUGACUGGUGAGAGUGAGUCCUCCAGCGAGGAUGAGUUUGAGAAGGAGAUGGAGAAGGAGCUAAGUUCUACCAUGAAGACAAUAGAGGGAAGCUGGCAACCCCUAGGAACAGGUGCAUCCAGCAGUUCUGCACCUACAGCAGUAGAGGGCAGCAAUCCACAGUAUUAUGAUGCUGUGUACUUUGACUCCGACUCUGAGGAGGAAGUUGAGCAAGUAAAGAAGCCAAGAAAGAAGCAGAAACAAAAAGUAUUAACCAAUGAUGACCUCCUAUAUGAUCCAGAAGAGGAUGAACGGGAUCAAGCGUGGGUAGAUGCAAAGAGAAGAGGGUAUAGGAACAAGCAAACCAAGUCACAAGACUUGCCCAGUAGUGAUGCUGUUUUGAACUGCCCAGCCUGCAUGACUACGCUCUGCUUGGAUUGCCAAAGACAUGAGUCCUACAAGACCCAAUACAGAGCUAUGUUUGUUAUGAAUUGCACCGUCAACAAGAAUGAAGUUCUUAAAUUCCCAGAACAGCCUACAAAGCACAGAAGACGCAAUCGCAAGAAAUUCAAGGCUCAGUUGGCAAAUUCUGCUUCAGAUACGCAGAAUACAGAAAUGUACCACCCUGUGAAAUGUAAUGAGUGUUCCACAGAGGUGGCAGUUUGUGACAAAGAGGACGUGUAUCAUUUCUUCAAUGUCUUGGCCAGUCACUGCUAGAACAGACUGGUCCUUGGGGCUGGAAGUGUCUGAAGAAAUGAAUUGUUCUUGUUGUCCAUGGCAACCAGUCAGACUUUUUUUAUUUCUAAAUGAGAAUGAAAGAGAAUGUCCAACUGGUUAACAUGAGUAGCAAAACUCCGAAGCUGCCUUACUAAAGGAGUUAAGGGGUUGUAAAGGUAAAACAUUUUUCCCUAAAUAGCUUCCUUUACCUUAGUGCAG